AUGAAUAAAUUAGUUGAAUGUGUACCAAAUUUUUCAGAAGGUAGAGAUCAAACUAUCAUUGAUGCAAUCUCUAAAGCAAUCAGAGAUACAGCAGGUUGUACAUUAUUAGAUGUUGAUCCAGGUAAAUCAACUAACCGUACAGUUUAUACUUUUGUUGGUUGUCCAGAUUCAAUUGUAAAUGGUGCUAUCAAUGCUACAAAAGUUGCCUUUAAAUUAAUUGAUAUGACUAAACAUCAUGGUGAACAUCCAAGAAUGGGUGCAUUAGAUGUUUGUCCAUUUGUACCAGUUAGAAAUGUAACAAUGGAAGAAUGUGUAAAUUGUUCAAAAGAAUUUGGUAAAAGAAUUUCAGAAGAGAUUGGUGUACCAAUAUUUUUAUAUGAAGAAGCAUCAACUCAAUCAUAUCGUAAACAAUUGAAACAAAUUAGACAAGGUGAAUAUGAAGGUUUAGAAGAGAAAUUAAAGGAAGAAAAAUGGAAACCAGAUUUUGGUCCAGCUAAAUUCAUUCCAUCCUAUGGUGCCUCUGUGACUGGUGCACGUUCAUUUUUGAUUGCAUACAAUGUGAACAUUUUAGGUACCAAAGAACAAGCUCAUAGAAUUGCAUUGAAUGUUCGUGAAGCAGGUAGAGGUGAUAAUGAACCUGGUCGUUUAAAAUUCUUGAAAGGUAUUGGUUGGUUUGUUGAUGAAUAUAACUUGGCACAAGUUAGUAUGAAUCUUGAUAAUUACAGAGAGACAGGUGUUCAUACAGUUUUCGAAGAAUGUUCAAAAGAUGCUAGGGAAUUGAAUCUUGGUGUUGCAGGUUCAGAAAUCGUAGGUUUAGUACCAUUAGAGGCAAUUUUAAUGGCUGCCGACUAUUAUAUUGCCAAGGAGAAUCUUUUCAUCAUUGACGAGGCACUAAAGGUACGUUUGGCAAUUGAAAGAUUGGGUUUGUCAUCUUGUAGUUUCUUUGAUCCAAAGAAGAGAAUCAUCGACUAUAUGGUACAAGAGGAUCUUAAAGUAACCCAACCAUUGGCUUCAAUGUCUGUCAGAGGUUUCGUUGAAUUGUUAGGCUCAAGAACUCCUGCACCAGGUGGUGGCUCUGCCUCUGCACUCAUCGCUGCUAUGGGUGCCGGUUUGGGUGCUAUGACUGGUUGGAUGACUUUUGGUAAAAAGAAAUUCGAAGCUUUAGAUUCAAUCAUGAGAGAACUCUUACCACCAUUAGAUAAAGCAAUGAGAGAUUUAAUUCCAUACAUUGAUGCCGAUACUAACGCUUUCAAUGAUUACAUCAAAGCAAUGGGUACUCCAAAAGGUCCACAAAGAGAUAUCGCCAUCGAUAAAGCUUUGAAACAAGCAAUCAAUAUACCAUUAUCAACUAUGAAAAUUUCAAACACUUGUUGGGGACCUCUCUUAAAAAUGGCUCAAUAUGGUAAUUUGGCUUCAAAAUCUGACUUGGAAGUAGGUUGUAAAUCUUUGGAAACUGGUAUUUGGGGUGCUCAUCGUAAUGUUUCUAUCAAUCUUUUAGAUUGUAAAGAUGCUCAAUUUGUUGAAUCUACAACUAAAGAAGCAAAUGAAAUCUUAAAAAAUGCUCAAGAAUCUUUACAAAAAGUUUUAGAAAUUUUAAGUAAUAGAAAAGAAUAA